GAAUGCGAAAAAUGAAGUUGAUUGAUAUUAGUAAAAAGAACCAAUGCUAUAAUCAAUAUGUUGUUGUAGUGGUAUCAUCGUGGUUUACACGACGUACUAGAUCAGGUAUACAUGUGCAUUCUGAAAAAUCAAUCAAGUUGGAACAUUUUUCCGAAACUACUUGUGUGCACAAUAGUAACCGUAGCAACCAUAACAGUUUGAGAGCCAAUAACGGUGCACAUAAGAUAGAAUCGGAACUGGGUCCCAUACCAAGGAAGUCAAUACUGCAGCUUGAACAUCUUUUCUACCUUGGCAAUGGCAGAAGCAAGUAUUGAAAAUUAUGAAAAGCCGAUUCAACAUAUUGGUUUGGCGGAUUGGCACGCUCAGCAGUGGGAACUUCAUCAAAGUGCUAAUAAAAAGGAAAGCGAAUCGUUCGAUCUGCGAUACGCUGCCAAGUCUCUUAUAUCGGAGACUAAUAUUAAAACUGAAUGGAAUAAUCACAUGAACAAUCACAGACUGUCGGACAGAAUAACUGAAUUGACCCGUUGGCAUAGAAUUUUCGACGCAGUUCUCGAUCGCCUGAAAAAUGAAAUUGACUUGUUGGUCGAAGAAAGAGCGGAUACAGAAAAAGAGCUCGAGUUACUUGACCAUCCUCUGCGAAUAACAAUCCGAUGCAUUGCCAAGAGAAAUAACCGAACUGGUUCGGAGAUCACUUACGAUGAAGGGGACAUAGAAUUGAAGAGGGAACUCGACUUGAUUGAGGAAAUGAAGAAAAUGAUGACGAACCACAUUCAGAUAGCGUGGGAUAAGUUGAAUCGGUUGGAAGACAUAAAAUCUAAAGUUAUUCACGAACUGCGAGAUAAAUCCGAAGCAAUAAAAAUAGAUAGAGAAAAUUACGAUCUGUCUCGAACUUUUCCAAACUUUACAUACAAACCGUAUGCUCUUGACAUAGCCGAAAACUCAGUGUCUUACGAAAAUUGGUUGGAGCAUACGCAACACCUGAAACAACUAGCUGAAAAUGAACUUAGCGAUACGUACACUCUGCGAGAAACUAUGCAUGUUGGAAAAGAAAAGUCUAAGCACGAGAUCGAGUUUCAGCAAGACGCUACAAAUUACGCACUGAGAAGACGAGCUUUCGUUUCGACAAAAGCUCGCAAUGAAGUUGAAUGGCAAAAAUUGAAGUUGCAAAAGGAGAUGGACACGUUGCGCAAGCAAUUGACCGACCUCGAAAACGCUUUACGAGCGAAAACCGACGAUGUAAAGUGUGCCGAAACAAGAUUAGAAAAUAGGACCUAUCGACCGGGUUUCGAACUCUGCCAAGACGAACCCGAAUUCGGUUUGAAAGAUGAAUUGCAGAAAUUGCAACAAACGAAAGAAGAUCUGGCUACGAAAAUCGAUUGCGCCAAAUCAACUUUGAAAGACUUGGACAAACUUUUAGAGCGGGUGAACGAUGAUUUAAAUAAUAAGAAACACGCUUUGACGACGGAUAUUAUGUGCUUGGACAUGCGUUCAACUUUAAUCAUCAGAGAUGGCAGUCGGGUACAAAACGAAACUGAUAGAAAUAUUAUUUUAACCGAUAUAAAUAAUGAGCUUCCUUAUGAUACCAAAAGAGCCUUUUUAAAAUAAUAUUUCACACAAAUUUCACAAAGAUCAAAAGUAAAAUUACUUUCAUAAUUUAAAUAUAUACAUGGAAGUUAAAUAUAAAAUCUUUUUAUAUAAAUUUUCCUAGUUUGCAGGUAAUGUUUCGUGUAACAUUAGAUCAUAAAUGAUAUUAUCAGAAUACCAUUUUAAAUAUUUACAAAGGCAUCCCCCCGAGCGACUCUGGAUUCGCUUUAAUUAAACUAUAUUCAGUGAUGAAAUUAUCUGCCAUUGAAGGUUUCAAAGUUGUUAUAGCUCUAUUAUAGAGAGUCCCUACCCUCGAAGGCUCUCCGUGUUUCAAUUCAAACGUAAUGAAUUCCAUCCAUACGUCGGUACUUUCUUUUCCGAAUUGUAGGAUCAUCAUCUCGUGAGGUUUUCGAGCAUUUUGCAGAGAAAAUUCAGGUUGCAAGAGUUCGAGGGUAACCAUUUUUUUGUGAAGUUCCAAACACGGAGGCGGAUGAAGGCACAAUGUGUCAUAAGCUCUUCGUGCUACAAUUAUAUCUAGAAUAAAUUAUUCAAAAAUGUUAUUUUAUGUUUUACAAUCAAAGGCUAAAUGCAUUUAUAAAAUUGUAUACCUUUAGUCAGUACAAUCCAUUCUAUGUAGAUGGGCUUAAUGUGGUUACUAAUGGCAGCUUCACAUUUUAAAGCUCGUUGGAAGAAUGUUUCAAGAUUUUCAGGAUUUUUAGCUUGAACGUGAAGUAGCUUCAACUGCCAUAGUGAUAGAGAAUUUUUCCCUAAAAUUUCUACAGCCUAAGAAUAUUUAAUUGUCAAUUACUUUAUGUAUUCAGAUUUAUAAAAAUAACAAAUUAACAUCAACUUA